AUGCGACUCGUGCUUGUACGGCGCUUCUCCAAGGAGCUGGAUGAGUUGAUGGCUUGCAGAGGUGGUCAGUGAGUCCAUGUUGUCUGUUUUCCAACAAACAAAACGAAGAUAUUUUUAACGUUAACUCGCAUGCUGAGCAGGGUAACCCCGCCGUGCUAACACGGGGUCUCCGCGGGUGCCCCCGUAUUAAACCCGUAUAAGCCCAGCUGAUAGAACUUUUGGCACUUUUUAGCCCAACUGAGACCCCGCUUUAGCCCAGCUGGGUUACCUAUUUUUCUUACACCCGUUGUUCCCCCGUUUUAGCCCAACUGAGACUAAAAUAACCUCAGAAACACGGGUUUAAUACGGGUACACCCGUUGAGACACCUGAUCAGCAUGCGAGAAAUGACGAGAAAACGAAAAGAAAUUUUGAACUCCCGCUGAAUCUAGUUUGGCCGUGGAGCGCAUAAACGGAAGCCAGCUAGUUUUUUUCUUCUCUCAUUUUGUACGUUUUUUAAUUUUUUUUUUCUCGUAAGUUUUUGAACUCACUCUAAGAUUUCGUCCACUUGAUAGUGUUUAUCGAUUGGGUAUUCACUACUGCUUGGUGUAAAUUUGCAAGAUCCACUUCUAAUAUAUUUUUUCAAUCAGUUUCUGUUUUUUUUUUUUUCCGAAGCCUUCAUUGCAAAUUUUGAAUGCCAGGAACAAGAUUUAUCACGAACCCGAUAUAUCUCAAUCCUUGCGCUAUCGGAAAACAGCUGAUCACGUCCUCAUGACCAGAUUUUUUUCAUUCGCAAAUGUUUAAGCGUAGAGAAGUCAGAAGUGAAUAUGGGUAAAACUUCCGUGCUUUCUGGUAAUAUUAAAUAUAAAAAUUCUGUCUCCAAAUUUUAUCAUUAAGUGAUUUCAUCAACACGAAUCGAUAGACUAUAGAAGCAAGACCACUGAAACUGUUGUUUUGUUUGUUGCGCCGUUGUUUUGACGGCGAUUCGUUCUUCGAACGGCGGCCACUUUGUCAGGGACGUCAGUGGCAUCUGUUAUCUGCAGGUUGCCCACCGCUUUUCUUGCUCUGCUGUAUAGUUAAUCUGAUUUCAAACAUUAUUUAUUGGAAAUCUGAACUUUUUCCUGUAGUUAUUCAAGAAGACAACUAGUUUCUUUUCGCAUCAGUAGUUUGAAAAGCUAUGAAAUAUGUUUGAAUAGUUGUUUUUUAGUUUUUUCAAAGAGCAAGGUUUACAUAAGGAGGGUUCAUUAAUUUAUGAAAAAUAAGUUACCUGGAAAAAGUUAAAUUAAACUGAAUUUGCUAAAUUCUGUGAGGCUAUAAAUCAAACAUUGCAGGCGUAGUGUCUUUUUCUUUUCACAAAAAUUAGAGUCUUCCUAGAUGACCUUUAGUAGUUCCCUCUUUUUGAAGAUGUCUAGCCGUUUCUUUUCAUAUCUUUCCUCUCCGAAACCGCUUCCGCAUGACGUAAUCGAGCGGCCACGUGAUGAUCCGUUAGAUAUCGGUAGAAUCUGUUCAAAAAAUCCUAGCCAUAGGAUAUUCAAAGUGAUGUAGAGAAAUUUUAUGAGAGUUUCCUGUCAAAAAGCCUUGUUUAGAGAGAUUGUUAGUCAUAAAAACGUUUACGCCUUCAAAAACUUUGAAAAAAAAACUUGGAAUAGACUGUAUUAUUUUUUAUCCGAAUAUAAAGUUUUAUCAAUCGAAGAAGCAAAUUCGAAACUAUUCAAUUAUUUUUGUGAGGUUUUCCGAGGUGAAAGUCGAGAAAAGAUGCAUUUUUUUUUUUGAUUUUUUUGUCUUGAAAUGAUUCACUUUCAAUUCUUUCAAUAACUCAUCACAGUCUGUACUUUAUUCACGAGGCUAUAGUUUAGUCGAAAUUUCAAUCAACUGACUUCCACGCGGAGUUUCUCCGUUAUCUUUUGUUUGUGCUGUUGGAUAGACACACGCAAAAGACAAAGUCCAAAGUCUCAUUGCCCGUUACACUCGUCUCCGUCAUUAUUUCUUCGUUCAUCGCAGCCGAGUGGACUUCUUGACCUCAUUUCCACUCAUUUCGGUUAUUUUCUUAUCAUUUUCACUAGGUUUCAUAGAUUUUUGAGCUUGCAAUGAGUUUUUGCUUGCUGUUAACUUAUUACAGAUUUUUUGAGGCGUUUGAAGAAACAAGUUUUUUUUGGUACUUUCAAAAAAAAUAUUUUUUUUCUCAUCAUAAUCAAAAUGGUUUCUCUGGGUAUUCAAAAGUUCAGAGUUUUCGAGUGAUACACAAAAUAACACUUCAAGCUACUUUUUUUGCCUCCGCACCUUCAUACAUUGUCUUUGAAGACUCCGUCAAGUAUAUUAACAAAAAAAUUAAAGUUCGUAGGAUUUGGGCACGUAAUUCUUUGAUAAUUUUUUUCCAUUGUUUUUAGAUCUUUCAUUGCUUUGAAUAAUUUUCUUGUGCAAAGCAUGGAAAAACUUCGUAAAUGCUUUCAACGGAAUUCUAUGGUCAAUGAUGAAAAAUCUGUUUCCAAUUAAAAAAAGCUUUUUCAAUUUCUGAGGAAGAAUCUAUGAAAAAAACUUAAAUAAAAACUUUUCCUUAAAAAAACAUUUAUUUUUUUAUUUUUUUGAACUGUUUUUAAAGCUUUUUCAUCGCGAAUUUUUUUCCCAUAUUCUCACAAAGUUGUUGCGCGCAAUCGCAUGCGAUUGGUUUAUAAUCGUUGUAAGACUUCUGUAAUUUUGUAGAAUGAUAUUUUUCAGGAAGGAUGCUUUCCACAUUGAGCAAGAAAACUGCUCGCGCGGUCAUUUCUGCCGGAAAUGGGUAAAUCGGAAGAAAAAUGAGUAUUGAAAAUGAAAAAGAUAAUUUCAGAGCGUCUCUCCGAUUCGCCUCUCAGGCCACGGCAGCCAAGGCCCCCAAUGCCGCUUCUGAAAAUAAGCCAAAAACGAAAAAAGCCGAGGUUUUCAUUGGACAAAAAACAGAAAAAAUGGUGCCAUUUUGAAGGAAUCUGCAUCUUUCUGCAUGAACUUGUUCCGCGGACGAGCCGUUUCUGACCAGGUAGUUUUUUUUCCAUUUGGUUGUUUUAUUAUUUUUCUUUCCAGGUGUUCCCGUAUCCUUUGAAGCUGACUGAUGAGCAGAAGGAAACUUUGGGAAUGAUCCUUUCUCCGACGGAAAAAUUCCUCAGCGAAGUCAACAACGUUGCAAAGUAUGCAUCAGUAUCAUUCGAAAAAGUUCAGAGCUUUCAAAAAGAUAAAUAUUUUUUCUGAGAGUAUAUAGGAUGGUAGAGCUAGCCUUUCAUCUCAUACCAGUUCUGGUUCUCGAAUAAAUAUGAAUAUUCUUCUAUUUACAGGAACGACGAGAAAGCCGAGAUCCCGAUGGAAGUUCUGAAGCAGUUUGCCGAACUCGGAGGCUUCGGAGCCGUCGUCCCGCCCGAGUACGAGGGCGCCGGUCUGAACAACAGCCAGAUGGCCCGGCUGGCCGAGGUCGUUGGCGCCCACGACCUCGGAUUCGGCGUCGUCAUGGGGGCUCAUCAGGUUCGCAGAAUGAAAAAUAAUAUUUUUGGGAGUUGUGGUCGUCAACUUCAUUAAUUUUUUUCUAAAAGUUGACCAAUUUUUUGGUUCAAAACAAAAUAAUAACUUUCUGAUCGAAUUUCACAGUUUUUGAAAAGUGGACAUACUAAGUUACAGUAAAAGUCCAUUCUCCUCGAGCCAAGCGCCCUACGGUUUUUUUUUCUUCUAAUGAUUCAGCUCGAAAUGUGAGAAAAACAGCGGUUCAAACGCUUGACCGCUGAAAAAAAAAUUUUGAACUGCGAAAUUGAUUUUUAAUUUUAACGAUCGAAAUCGAAAAAGUACGAAAGUUUGAAUUUGACCACUAUAUUGUGAGUGUACCUUUGAAACAAUUGGAUUUAGAGCUUUUUACUGAAUUUCUGAUUUUUGCUUUCAUAUCGCAGUUCUUAGUUCCUAAGCAUAGUUUCUAGUUUGGAAAUCAGCCUUGAAGGUUUUGAAAUUCACCGGGAAGCUUGAAAAAUCAGUUGCAGCGAAAAUGAGAAGAAUUCGGAACAUCUUUUAAACUUGGAAAAUAAUUUUUCGCAUACUAUUAAAAUAUAAUUUGUUGCUGUUUCACGGGCAUCUAAAUUUGGUCACUUUCCAUCCAUCAUAUUCAAAUGAAUCCGACCUUGAUCGCCCAAAAAAAAAAAUUCUUGCAGUCGAUCGGCUACAAAGGUAUCCUUCUGUUCGGAACGGACGCCCAGAAGCAGAAAUACCUGCCCGACCUGGCGACCGGCCGAAAAUUCGCCGCUUUCUGCCUCACGGAGCCCAGCAGCGGUUCUGACGCCAACGUUUGCUGCUUCAGAGAUUCCUGGAUAAUUUUCUGGAUUUUCAGUCGAUCAGAACUCGUGCUGAGCUUUCGGCUGAUGGAAAACACUACAUUCUGAACGGUGGAAAGAUCUGGAUCAGUAACGGCGGCUUUGCCGAUGUGUUCACAGUUUUCGCUCAGGUGAUUUGGGAAGAAUAAGGCUGGAAAAUGUAAACAAAGUUAAAAAAUUGCAAGCUUUUUGAAAAGGCUCGUAGUUUGUAGAAGCUCAGUAAAAAUUGGAAAACAAUUUGUUUCUCGAAAAAACCGAAUUUCCCGUAUUUUUUAGUUUAUUCCGAAGGUUUCCACAAUUUUCGAAGAUUUUUCUCAAAUUAAAAAGUUAGUGUAUUUAGCCAUUUUCGUUGCAAAUUGUUUCCUAUUCGACCCUAUUCAUAAAACCUUAUGACAGGAGGAAAAGUAGAAUCAGAAAUUUGAUUUUCACUGUUUUUUCAACAUGAUUGAGUGAAUGUUGGAGCUGAAAGCUAAUUUUUCAAAUUUUUUUCUCAGUAACGCUUCCAUUGCAAUCACUGUCUCUAAAUAUUCAUAAAAUAGAUUAAAAUGUUUUUGAAAAAAUGUAUUUCUUUAAAUUCAGCUUCCUGUGAAAAAAGCCGACGGAACCACGAAAAACGCCGUUACCGCGUUCAUCGUCGAGCGCGGAUUCGGAGGAAUCACGAACGGACCGCCCGAGAAAAAGAUGGGAAUCAAGGGAUCCAACACUGCCGAAGUCACUUUUGAGAACGUCAAGGUGAGGAAAAAAGUGAAGUGAAAUUGAGUUAUUUUGAGGUUCCUGUGGAAAACUUGCUCGGACAGGAAGGCGAAGGCUUCAAAGUCGCCAUGAAUAUUUUGAACAACGGACGGUUUGGAAUUCCGGCCGCCUGUACCGGAUCCAUGAAACAUUGCAUCCAGAAGACUGUUAGUAUCGAAAUAUUCAUUGUUAGCAAAAAAAAUUGUAAUUUUCACCAAGGAAGAAAACCAUUAGUUCUGUGGCUGGAAAUUUCCAUUGAAAAAAAUCCGAGAAAUGGGUAAUUUUUGGGCUUUGAACUCUUCUUUCUCGAAAAAUAGGGAGUUAUGCGGUUUGAGACUUUCAAAAUCUUCACCAGAACUUCAAAUCUAAAAAUUUUGUGGUCAAUUUUCAAGAAACCCCCAAAAGUUCUCGAAACAUCACCUUCUUGGAUGUUUAAAAAAAAUGUUUCGCACUUCUGGAAGUUUUAUUUAUUCAGUGUGAAGUAUCAAAGAAAAAAUUAAGAAAUUUCCAAAAAGAAUAAAUGAGCUCAUUUUAUUUUCCAGGUUGAGCACAUCACUACUCGUACUCAAUUCGGCAAGAAACUUGAGGAAUUCGGGAAUGUCCAGGUUUUUUUCCCUUUUUGCUUUCCUUGGCACACUUUCCCGUUUCAGGAGAAGCUGACGAAUAUGGUGGCUCGUCUCUAUGCCACCGAAUCCAUUGUCUACAUGCUCGCCGCUAAUAUGGACAGGUAAUUUUAAAUAUGAGAAUGUAAAAAUUUAUUGGUUAUUGAGCUUUGUUUAACAAUUUGAAGGCAAAGACUUCUAUUCUGAUUUUUAUCUCUAUUUAUGAUUUUUAAUAUCUUGACCACUUUUCCUCAAAGCCUUUAGAGUGGUUUCGAAACACGACCGACUUAAAUUGGUUUGCGCGUGAUUACAUUUGAUAAAAAAAUGGAAACCAGCUGCUAAAUCCCAAUUUUAUAAAGUAUUUUUAACUGCGAUUCUGCGAACCACUUACCGUACGACCACUCCCUUUUUCAAAAAAAUGAACAAUCACAAUAAAUAAAAAAAUGAAUUUGUUUGAUCCGAAAGAGUAAAAUUCAAUAUUCUUGUAAAAUUCGAACUAAAAAGGCACUUUUUUUACUGCGUUGAAAGCUCGAUAGGUGUUUUUGUAAAUUUUCACUCGAUUUCCUUUUUUUGCACAGCGCCCAGGAUAAAUGAUCCAAACUCAUAGUAGUGAUUAUUUCGUCUUAAAAUUACAGAAAACAAAUCUUUUUUAAAGAAAUUUUUCAGAGGAAUCAGCGACUAUCAACUGGAAGCUGCUAUCGGCAAAGUGUUGGCAUCGGAAAAACGCCUGGUGGGUUUGCGACGAGGCGAUCCAACUCCACGGCGGCAUGGGAUUCAUGAAGGAGACCGGCCUCGAACGCGUUCUUCGCGAUUUGAGAAUCUUCAGGUUCUUUUUUUGAAAAAAAUCUCUAAAAAGGAAAUAUUGAGUAAAUUCAAUAAGAGUUUUUUUACAAGGAGUUAGAAAAAAGCACUUUUGAAAUGAGAAAAAAGACGAGUGGCUUCUUGAAACGAUUAUAUUGUAUUUUCCAUUAAUUUCAGAAAGAUCCUGUGGGUUUUUGAUUUUUUAUGUUUCCCAUUAGCAUUUUUUAAACCGGAGUCCCUUUUUUUGAGUUUGUAAACUUUUUUGAAGGGAUUCUGCAUAAUUUCGCAUUAUUUUUCGAAAGGAAGCUUUUUACACUAAAUUUUUUCAUCAAGAAGCUAUUUAUGAAGGGAGUAUUUAAAAAAAUUUUUUUUUCAAUUUUUUUCUCUAGAAAAUUUUUUUCGUCGUAUGACAAGCUUUUUUUAUUUCUAAUUCUAACCUUUGCUCCAUCUAUAAAAAAAUAUGAUUUUUUUCAAAUCAAAGAAAACUUUUCGUAACUGCUAACUUAUUGAAAAAGUUCAGAAUCUUCGAAGGAGCCAACGACGUGAUGAGACUUUUCGUCGCCUUGACGGGCUCUCUUCAUGCCGGAAAGCAUCUCCAGCAAGUGGCUUCCGGCGGAAUCAGCUCUAUCUUCGGAGAAGUCGUCCGUCGCGCCACCGGGUCAGUUUCAGUUUCUCAACAUUUACAAUCCAUUUCGAGGUCUCAAUUUGAGUUUGCAUCUUUUUCGGACAAAAAAUUUGGAUUUAAUGUCAUAGAAUUGUGGCGAUUAGAAGAAUAAAAUCGUCUACAAAACUGAAUUAUUUAUUUUUAAGCUACCAACAGCCUUUUUCUUCAGAUCCUCAACGGGCGCUGACUUCGACAAGGUCAUCGAUCCGGCUCUGAAAGAUUCGGCCGCCGCCCUCGACGCCAACAUCAAAUUGUUCGGAAAGACUUUGGAGGGACUUCUCAUGAAACACAAGAAGGGAAUCAUUGGUGCGUUUUGAUUCUUUUUUUUUUUCAAAUAUAUCUUAUUAGUAGGCGGUUUUCAUGUUUAGUAUUUGAAAAAUCUGCCCCUCUCAAUUCAUCUUCUUUUUGAAGACCGCCAAUACGAACUGAUCCGUGUCGCCGACGCCGCCAUCGACAUCUACAGCUCUGUCGCCGUUUUGUCGAGGUACAUUCUUGAAGAAGAACUAGAAAACUUCGCCCUACAUUGACAAAAACUUUUUUCUUCUCUAGUUGAGUACUUUAUUGAAUUUUUUUCCAUAGAGAAACUACACCAAAAAAAGCUGAAAAAAAUUAGGGAGAAUUUAAUCUUUUCUGGUAGAGUGUUAUAUAUUUCUGACGGUUUUUUGAACAAACUUCUCGUUUUUACUUCGUUCGUAUCAAAGCUCCGAUUUUUUCAGAUGCACGAGAUCGAUCAAGGAAAAAUCGUCAAGCGCCGCUUUUGAGACGGACAUUGCCAAUUUCUACGUUCAAACGGUAAGAAUUAAAAUGUUUUCCCUUGAAAUCGGUUCUUAUCGGAACUUCUAAAACUAACAAAUUUUCGUUCAAUUCAUAAAGAUUCAUAUUUGAACUAUAAUUGAUCUGGUUGAAGGCCUCGAAACGCGCGGCCGACGCUCUAAAGGAGGCGGCUAGUCCAGACGCGACAUCGCUGUCGCUCAUCCCGAAGAUCUCCAAGGCGAUCUGCUCCAACGGCGGCCUUCCUCAGCAACAUCCAGCCGACCUCUAA